UCGACCGCAACGGCCCGUAUAACUGCACUCGCGCAUGACUGGAUAAUACGUAUAAUAUCGGCAAGGAGUUGCUACACACACUUUAUUACAAUCCCGCAGGCUUCCACAUUCUCGCGGUGUGUGCAUUAUUAUGCUCUCGACGUCUUUUUUCUCUCUCUCUCUCUCUGUCUCUCGCGUUUGUGUGACACACGGACUGCAGUAUUGGCCGACGCGCGACCCGAGAUCGUUGAUUCCGCGGACUCUCUUUUACGUUACAUCUGCUGCCAAUUCUCAUUGCUUCGAUUCCGGCCCUAUUUAUACACACGUACGUAUGUACAUUUGCGACAAGGCAAAAUCGUCGUUGUUGUUGUUUAUUUGUUGGCUUUAAUCUUCUCUAAGAUAAAACUCGGCGUGCUUCGAUCGGCAGCUUUUUGCAUAUACGUAUAGGCAGUCAUGCCACUAUUAUAAAACUGCGGCGCUGCAUGUAUAAAUAUAUAUAAAGCAACAGAGCUCUCUGCGAUCGUGGAUGUCAGUGUGUCGCCACCCCCCUGCUGCUGUAUAAAGAACUGCUGCUGCUGAGACUUGGCCGAAUCUCUUUGACUAGAUUCACUCUUCUCGAUAAUACUUUAUAAACCCGUCUUUUGGCAUUUCCGUUUUGUCUCGAUAGUCGAGCCACCGCGGGCGUGCGAUAUUUUUUUUUCUUUUUUCGUUAUACGACGUUGCGGCAUUUGGCUGACGUAUAGACCAUUGAUUGCCCACGAGAAUAAUAAACAGUUCGGAGAUCCUUCGCCAUGUCGUCGUCGGUGGUGAACGAGAAAGUGGAGUACGACUAUAUGCCGAGCAACUGGAGCAAGAGAUACGGCCCGACGGAAUUGUUGGCUCGAUACUUUAAAUUUUGCGAAAACACAACGGCCCAGGUACGCGGCAGCAUCGAGCACGAGCUCGACGUGCCCUACGCGUCCAGCGAGAAGGCCAAGUACGACGUUUACGGGACCAAUUUGCCCGAUGACGCGCCGAUACUGCUGUUCAUUCACGGAGGCUACUGGAUGGAGUUCAGCAAGGACCUGUCGGGUUUCGCCGUGCCGAAUUUUGUGGCCAACGGCGUCAAGGUCGUCCUCGCCGGCUACGAUCUCUGCCCGAAUGUUCGACUACCUGACAUAGUCCGUCAAAUCAAGACGCUCGUCGCUAAGCUGCUGAAUCUAGCCAAGAACUUGGGCUCCAAAGGCGUAUGGCUGGCCGGCCACAGUGCAGGCGCCCACCUGGCCGCGAGUCUGCUGCACGAUCCCGACUGGCUGGCGGCGAAUCGCGCCUCGCUGGCUUGGCUCAGGGGCGCCUGGUUCCUCAGCGGCGUCUACGCGCUCGAGCCACUGCUGCGAACCAGCGUCCAGGAGGCCCUCAGACUCACGCCGGAGGAGAUAGAGAAGUACACGUUCGCACCCCUCGACGAGGGUAAGCAGCAACCGAAUCAGCAACACAGCGGCCUGGACAAUUUCAAAGCCGUCGUGGUCGUGGGCGAGAGCGACUCGCCGAUCUUCGUCGAGGAAUCGAGACGCUACGCUCGCAGACUCACGAGCAUCGUCGACAACGUCGAGUAUCUGCUGCUGAGAAACGACGUGGAUCACUUCGACAUCGUGGAAAAUCUGACCAAGGCCGACUUCGUCCUGUCCAGGCACAUGGUCGACUCCAUCAAACGAUCUUAAAUGCGAACCGAACUUAUUUUAUAAUGUGCAAAGCUGAGAAUAAUAAAGACGCCGUCGUUCCGAA